AUGAUUUCAAAUAAUGAUGUGUUGGAAAUUAAAUUAUUAAACUCAACGGAUGACUCUCUAAAGAUACAUCACUUACCUUGCCACAUUGACCAUGAUGGGGAAGCCAAAGUGGAGGAAUACUUUGAACCUAAUAUAAAACCAAAUAGUAAUGAUGAAUCGAUAUUGGAAGGUUCAUUCAGAGGAAGACCUCUUCAAGGAAAGAAGAUUAUUCUCUCCGAACAACAAGAAACACCACUCCAAGUAACUGGAUACAUCAUCAAUGAAGAUAAAAGUUGUGUGCAUACAUUCAAUGAUUUUACCACGUGGACACUUGAUCAGGAUCCACAAUAUGAACAAGAUAUUCAAGCAGCAUUGGAUUGGAUCCAAUUCUCUUCUAUCAUUCACAAGGAAAUUAAAAUGUAA